AUGGAGGCCACUCGAGAUCGCUCCCCCGUCCGUACUCAGAAAGACCGACUCCGAGAGCCCCCCCGAGCCCUGCCGGCGGAUCGUUCGAGUGCCGCGAGGGAGGGAUCGAGUCAACGAGGGAGCAACGAAGGGUGGGCCUUGGACCGUCGGGAUCGAGCCGUGUCCUCGCGCACGAACGACUGGCUCGAUCUAAUCCGGUCGACUGGGCGCAUCGUGACUAGCCACACUUUCCAUUGCGUCGAGAGGACUUCGCUGGACAUGUGGCGGGAUCAAUGGCUGGAGGACGCCGUGCUGAUACUCCCAGACAAGUUCGCCGAAGUCAAGUUCCGCUGGUGGGCAGCCACCAAGAACUUGAAGACCCCGGCCGACCUUCUGAAUCUCGCCGUGGAGAGAUGUGUCCCAUUCCGUCUGGGUCUCUCGCUGGAAAAGUUCCCAGACUACUUGAACGAUAACGUCAGUGAAUUCCGUGCGAGCCUCGCCAUGCUAUGCGAAGACUACAACAAGCCGUCCGAACGCCUAUGGGUCCCGUGGAACUCGAACGCCGAACUGUACGCGCAAGAAUACCUCGCUCUGAUCUCUUCCCUCCUGUCCAAGCCACACGCGCGAGGCUUCAUCGCCCAAGGAGGAGUCAUCGCUUGGGUUGCGCACAAGUUCGGGAAACGGUCUCCCAGCUCAAUCCUGGGCGACUUCAUGAGUGGGCCCUCGGUGCGAACGACCCUGUGCCGAAGCGGGGAGUGGGACCUCCUGAGGCCGCGAUCCUCCGGGUCCAUGAUGGAGCGGGUUACUCCCGCGGAAUGCCUCGCCCUCCUAGGGACUUCGGAGAGCGAAGAAAGAGGCGGAUUUCUCUACCAAGUUUUCCCCUCUUCAGAAUGGUUAUGGGAGGACUUCCCGUCAUACAAUGGCGAGAUCACCAAGGAGGUGGACGAGUGCUUGUCCCAUAUAGCCAACGGACUCCUUGGCGUCGACGAUCAAGGCCGGUCAGUUCCCGUCAAAGUCACCCGUCGCACGCGCGCCCAGUUCCGGACUCUGAUGAAGCAGAGAUCGAGGAGAUACCGCGGAGAGCCUGUUGCGGAAGAAGGGGCCAAGGAAAGGGACUUCGAGAACUUCCACAACGAGAUGACGCAGACUUGGAGCCAGAGUUGGGACGGUAUACGCCUGCGGGACUUGGAUCUGAAGGAACGGGAACGCUGA